CUUCCUUUGGGAGGCGGGCGCGGAGGGUUGGUUCGGCAUUACCGGCACCUGGCCCGGGCCAUCGUGCGUGUCACCUUCACCCAGCCUCCCAGAAACUGCGCGCUAGAUGCGCACUCGGGCGUUUCCGGCAGGUGACGCUACCGCGUCCCCGGAGCGGGACUUGAAGGAGGGCCUCAAGCAAUCUGGGCUGAACCAGCGCGCGCUGCUGACGGGGCGGAGCCUUUAAGCAGGCCCCGGGGAUCUGGAGUAGUGGCAGUGCAGAGUGCUCGGGGUGGGAGUACGCUCCUGGAGCGUGGCUGGAGUUGUUAGAACAAGAAGCUGGUGGAGAGUUAGUGUGUGUGUGAUUAUGAUGGUCUGUGAGGUUGUGAUCCUGUGUGUAUGUGAUUGUGAUGAUGCGACAGUGAUGGGGGUGUGGUUGUGUUGAGUGUGGUGGAGUAAUUGUGAUGGGAUAUUUUUGUCAUGGUGAUGUUUGUAAUUGUCUGUGAUUUAUGAUAACGUGUGUGGUGUUGUCUCUGAUUGUCAGGUAGAUGUGCAGUGUGUGUGAGUGUGGAGGUGUUUGCAAUUGUGAUAUGUGUAGUGGUUCUUGUCUUACCACAUUUGACUUUUGUGUAGCCUUUGGCAUAAUUGGUAACCGCUUGAAAAAAUUUUCUGUAUUUGGUUUCACGUGGUCUUUCCUCCCCACUGGCUACUCUUUCUUAGUCCCCUUUGCUGCCCUUUUUUCCCCUCAGCAGUUCUUGGCCCGCUUCUGUUGCUCUCCAGUUUCCCUUGGUGAUCUUUUCCAGUUUUAUUAUUUAUCUUCCUGUGUCUUCUUUUAUUAUAUGUAUUAGUUAUUGUAAUCAUAAUAAUGCUGCCUAAGAAACCACUCUUAAACUCAGUGGCAUGAAACAGCAAACAUUUAUUCUCCUGUUCACAGAUUUGCAGGUUCUGUGUUCAGCUUAUCUAGGCUGGGCUUGCCUGGGUGGCUGGACUGCAGAAUCGAUUGAAACCUGCUCCACGUGUGUUCUUUCUGCAGCUCAGGCUAAAAGGACAGUGGUUACCAGGACGUGUUCUUCUCCUGGUAGAUCACCAGAGUGCAAGACUGAUCAUAAAAACACCCUUAAAAACCUCUGCUCCCAAGUAUACUAAUAUUAGGUUAGCCAGAGCUAUUCAGGUGCCUAAGUGUAACAUUAAUUAUACGCAGUCAGAAGGCAAGGCAGAGUUAAAUGGCAAAAAGUGUGAAUAUGUAAUCCUCUUAGAAGGGGGUGAAACAUUGGGACCAAGAUUCCAAUCUACGACAAUAAGAAACAUGCCUCUUUAUCCUGGUGAAUAUCCUGGUGAAUCCUGGUCCAUAUUCUCUUUUGUCUGAUAAUAUUGCUUUUCGUGUUUUGUUAUUGUAUUUUCCAGGAAUUUCAUUUUACAACCCCUUCCCUUUAUGUCUUUAUACUUCAGGUCUGUCUCUUGUUAAGAGCAUAUUGCUGGGCUUUUCCUCUUUUUAUCCUGUUUGACUGUUAUUUUAAUAGCUUGGUGUUCUCCAGAUUCUGCCCUUUUCAAGGAAGAAGAGGAUAUGACCAGUUCUCUUGGAACAGUAACAUUUAAGGAUGUGGCUGUGGACCUCACCCAGGAGGAAUGGCAGCAAAUGAAACCUGCUCAGAGGGACUUGUACCGUGAUGUGAUGCUGGAGAACUAUAGCAACCUAGUCACAGUGGGCUGCCAAGUCACCAAACCAGAUGUGAUCUUCAAGUUGGAGCAGGAAGAGGAGCCAUGGGUGAUAGAAGAAGAAAUGCUUGGGAGGCCCUGUCCAGAAGUUUGGGAAGAUGAUGAACAGAUCAAGGAGCAGCAGGAAACACUUGUGAGGAAAGUCACAUCCAUCUCCAAGAAAACUCUAAUUAAGGAAAAUGUCAUUGAAUGUAAAAAAGUUGCAAAAGUAUUUUCUCUGGGCUCAGACAUUGUUACUUCAAGACAAAACUUCUAUGAAUAUGACUCAUUUGAUAAGGGUUUUGAACAUAAUUUAGACUUACUUAGUUAUGAGAAAGGCUGUAUAAGAGAGAAAAAUUAUGAGUGUAAUAAGUAUGGGAAACCAUUUUACCAUUGCUCAUCACAUGUUGUAUCCCCCUUUAAGUGUAAUCAGUGUGGACAAGACUUUAAUCAUAAAUUUGACCUCAUCAGACAUGAGAGAAUUCAUGCUGGAGAGAAACUGUAUGAAUGUAAGGAAUGUGGAAAAGCUUUCAGUAGGAAGGAAAAUCUUAUUACGCAUCAAAAAAUUCAUACUGGGGAAAAACCAUAUAAGUGUAAUGAAUGUGGAAAAGCUUUCAUUCAAAUGUCAAACCUUAUUAGACACCAGAGAAUUCAUACCGGAGAAAAACCUUAUGCAUGUAAGGAUUGUUGGAAGGCCUUCAGUCAGAAAUCAAAUCUCAUUGAACAUGAGAGAAUUCAUACUGGAGAAAAACCCUAUGAAUGUAAGGAAUGUGGAAAAGCCUUUAGCCAGAAGCAAAAUCUUAUUGAGCAUGAGAAAAUUCAUACUGGCGAGAAACCUUAUGCAUGUAAUGAAUGUGGUAGAGCUUUUUCUCGAAUGUCAUCUGUUAAUCUGCAUAUGAGAAGUCACACAGGGGAGAAACCCUAUAAAUGUAAUAAAUGUGGAAAAGCCUUCUCUCAAUGCUCAGUAUUUAUUAUACAUAUGAGAAGUCAUACAGGGGAGAAACCCUAUGUAUGCAGUGAAUGUGGGAAAGCCUUCUCUCAAAGUUCAUCCCUUACUGUACAUAUGAGAAAUCAUACAGCUGAGAAACCCUAUGAAUGUAAUGAAUGUGGAAAAGCCUUCAGCCGGAAAGAAAAUCUCAUUACACAUCAAAAAAUUCAUACUGGAGAGAAACCUUAUGAAUGUAAUGAAUGUGGGAAAGCUUUUAUUCAGAUGUCAAACCUCAUCCGACACCAGAGAAUUCAUACUGGUGAAAAACCCUAUGCAUGUACAGUAUGUGGGAAAGCCUUUAGUCAGAAAUCAAAUCUCACUGAACAUGAGAAAAUUCAUACUGGAGAGAAACCCUAUCAUUGUAAUCAAUGUGGAAAAGCUUUCAGUCAGAGACAAAAUCUCCUUGAACAUGAAAAAAUUCAUACUGGAGAGAAACCAUUUAAAUGUAAUGAAUGCGGUAAAGCCUUCUCUCGAAUCUCAUCCCUUACUCUUCACGUUAGAGUCAUACAGGGGAGAAACCGUAUGAAUGUAAUAAAUGUGGAAAAGCCUUCUCUCAAUGCUCAUUACUUAUAAUACAUAUGAGAAUUCACACCGGUGAGAAACCUUUUGAAUGUAAUGAAUGCGGGAAAGCAUUCUCUCAAAGAGCAUCCCUUUCUAUACAUAAGAGAGGUCAUACAGGUGAGAAACGCCGAGUGUACUAAAUGAAUAAAGGCCUUCUCUUAAAUUCAAUCCAUGCUUUACUUAACUUUAAAAUAUCUUGGCAUAGUCUCAAAAAAUGAAAAAGAUCUUUAUGAAAAAAUUGUAAAGCUUUGUUGAAGGGCAAAAGACUUGAGUAAAUGGAGGGAAAUACGAUGGAUGUAGAUGGAAAAACCCAAUAUCAUAAAAUGUCUUUUCUCCCCAAAUUAAUCUAUGGACCUAAUAUAGUUCCAAACAUCUAACAAGAAUUUUCUAGGGUCUUUACCAAAUGAUUCUAAAAUCCAUAUGAAAUAAAAGUCUAUGGAUUGCUGAGACAAUAUUGAAUAAGAACAGAGAGGACACACCUUCUACCAUAUACUACACGUAUUAUGAAGUUAUGGUCAUAUAAUAGUGUGUGGUAUUAGAACAUUAAUGGAUAAGUAAAAAGGAUUUACAGAAUAGAAUGCCUAGAAGUAAAUGAAUGAAUAUAUGCAAACUUGUUAUAUAUAUAUAUGUUAGACAUGACAUUGUGAAUCAGUAGAAGAAUGACGGCCUAGUCAAUAAAUACAGUUGGGAGUAUUUGAAUCUCCAUAUUGGGGAAAAUAAAAUUACAUACAACCUUACAACAUAUAAAGAAAAAGAAUUCCAAAGGAUUUGAACACUGAAAUGUGAAAAGCCAAACUCUGAACUUCUUGAAAGGAAAUAACAGGAUAUUGUCUAUGACUUUGAGGCAGGGAAAUAUUUUUUAAAAGGACCCUGCCAUUCCACUUCUGGAUAUACAUCCUAAAGAAAUUCAUAAAUAUGAAUAAAAUAUAUAUAUAUAUAUCUGAAUUGAAAACAACAUAUAUAUUGAAGGGAUAAUGGAUGAAUAAAAUGUGACAUAUUCAAAUAAUGGAAUGGUAUACAGCAGUUAAAAGAAAUGAGCUUGGUCUGUAUUGUGUAACAUGGUUGUUAUCUAAAAUAAUGUUGAGUGAAAAAAAAAAAGAUCCAGAUGAAACAUACCAUAUAAUAACAUUCAUGUAAAUUGGAGUGAAAUCAUUCACGAAGAAUAGAAUUGUUUUUAUUAUUGAAAUAUGUAUGUAAAACUAUUUAAAAUGGAUUAAAAAGGACACAUACCAAAUUAUUGAUAGUGUUGUCUCUGGCAGGAGAUUAGGAUUGAGGGUGUUGGUCAAAGGGGGCUUUUAGCUUUACUUGUAAUUUUUAUGCCUUAAAAAAAGAUGGGUAGCAUAUAAAAUAAAUCUUAAAAGUUAAUGAUACACAAUGGUGAUAUGGAUGUCUUAAUAGUGUUUUUGUACUUAUUUCUCAGGAUUUAUGGGCUAGGGGAAGCCUAUACCCAGAGAAUAAAAUGUUACAAUGGAUUCAUAUGCCCUAUCAGGGUGGUGACCUUACUCACACAGCCCAAGAUGGCACACUGUCAUAUUCACAUCCCAAGGAACCAAGUGGAAAAGGGAGCAGAGAGGCACAUCAGUUUACUCUAAGGACAGCACUGAAUUGUCUGGAUAUGCCACAGUUUAUUCAUUCACCUGCUGAAGGACAUCUUGGUUGCUUCCAGGCUUAGGCAUGUAUGGAUAAAGCUGCUGUAAACAUCCGUGUGCAGGUUUUUGUGCAGACAGAAGUGUUCAUCUCUUUUGGGUAAAUAUCAAUACCAAGGAGUGUGAUUGCUGGAAUAUUUGAUUAGAGUAUGUUUAGUUUUAUAAGAAACUGCCAAACUCUCCUCCAAAGUGGCUGUAUUGGCUUCCCUGGUGGCACAGUGGUUAAGAAUCCUCCUGCCAAUUCAGGGGACACGGGUUCGAUCUCUGGUCCAGGAAUAUCCCACAUGCCAUGGAGCAACUAAGCCCGUGUGCCAAAACUACUGAGCCUGUGCCCUAGAGCCUGCGAGCCACAACUACCGAAGCCCAUACACCUAGAGUCCGUGCUUUGCAACAGGAGAAGCCACUGCAGUGAGAAGCCCAAGCACCGCAACAAAGAGUAGCCCCUGCUCACUGCAACUAGAGAAAUCCUGUGCACAGCAACAC